GCCGUGGCGCUUGCUGCGCUGGUUCCUUUCGCCAAUCCUCUCGCGGAUGAUAAGCAACAGAAAAAGGUUUUGAAGGGCGUGAAAAAAGCCGCCAAACACAAGACCCUCAAGCGCGGUGUCAAAGAAUGCGUCAAGGCAAUUCGAAAGUCGCCCAGGGCUACUCCCACAACACUCGCAUCAUCAGCGCCGCCGCCAGGUAUCGUUGUGCUCGCUGCUGAUAUCUCACCGAUGGACGUCAUCAGCCACAUUCCCGUCCUUUGCGAGGACCACAACCUUCCGUAUCUGUUCGUGCCGAGUCGUGCGGAACUGGGCGCUGCUGGCUCAACGAAGAGGCCAACAAGUGUGGUCAUGAUUUCUGCAAACAAGGGCGGAAAGAACAAGGACGGUGAGGACGCAGGAGAGGAAUGGACCGAGGCUUACAAUGACUUGUGGAAGCUGGCGAUCAAGAUGGGCCAGACCGUGAAGGUAUAG